AUGCGGCGCUGCAACAGCAUGAUUCCGGCUCCUCUGCCGUCACCGAUCCCUACCGGCAGAGGGACGCGCUCCGCUGCGAGCGAAAUCUUCAGCCAGUUCCUCGAGAAGUCGCUGCAGCUGCCGGAGCUAACGCUGCCGGGACAGAACCUCACGCCUGCGCCAGCUGAGAUCGACCUCCGGUCGCUGCCGCUGGGCUCCGCCGAUCUGAUGCUGCGCUCCGCCAGGGAAUUCGGCGCGUUCCGGAUCCGGUGCCACGGGAUCUCCGGUAGCGAGCUCCGAACCAUGGCGGACGAAGCCGAAAGCGUUUUCCAGAAAUCGCGAAACGUCGUCGUCGAGCGUAAUGGACGUGACGGAGAAAUGAUUCCCUGCGUUCGCUCUAGCAAAGGUUCACUGGAAUUCACUCCUCACGACAUUAUCCUCGACCAAGAGCAUCGGAACUUUUGGGUUCACAUGGGGAAUGUUGCAAGUAUAUUGGAUAGUAUAAUUGAGCAAGUGAGCCUGGUCUUACAGGACGGCUCAUCUAUAGAGUUUAAAGAGCGAAUUCAAGAUACAGAGUCUGUGAUUUGCUUGUGCAGGUAUCCGCACGAUAAUGUCCCCAUACAAAAUGAAGACGUUUCGCAUAAGAGAAAAGACAGACAUUGCGAUCAUGCUUUGCGCUUCUACCUUCCUAUAGAGCAAUGUAUAUUUUACGUCCAAACUGAACGAGGUCCCCUUUCAUUUGACGCAGGUCCAGAGAAUAUAGUUGUCACUGUUGGCAAACAACUACAGGAGUGGAGUAAUGGUGAAUUCAAAUGUGUCCCUGGAGAAAUGAUCUUCAUGCCGAGUUGCCAGAGUAGCCCUGCCUCUUUCUCCAUAGAGCUUAUGUGUUCGGCCCCUUCAAAUGAUCAAAGUCACAAUUCAAACAAUUCUGACGACGGUGACAAGAUAAUAUCCUUGUCUGAUCAAGUUCUUUUUGUAUUAUGUCUUGCAUUCUUAUACAAAUUUUUAUACUUCGUUUUUUCCUGA